UCAUUAGAAAAUAGAAACCUUUCACCUGAUCGAGCUCUACAACCAUGGCCAAAACCCUCCCAAAAGUCACUCCCACGGUUCUCAUUCUGUUCACCAUCUUCUCCUUCUCAGCCUUCGCCACCGCCGGCAGCUUCUCAAGAGCCUUAUCUCCGGCCAAACUUGGGCUCAAGCGAGAGAAACUGAGCCACCUCCACUUCUACUUCCACGACAUCGUCAGCGGGCGAAACCCAACGGCCGUGAGAGUUGCGGAAGCCGCGAUGACGAACAUGUCCUUGACGGGUUUUGGUGCGGUGUUUAUGAUGGAUGACCCGUUGACCGUGCGGCCUGAGCUGAGCUCCAAACUCGUGGGAAGAGCGCAAGGAAUAUAUGCAUCUGCUUCUCAAACUGAGGUGGGUUUCUUAAUGGUGUUGAACUUUGCUUUCAUGGAGGGUAAGUAUAAUGGUAGCAGUCUCAGUGUAUUGGGGCGUAACGUUAUCUUGUCGGCGGUGAGGGAGUUACCGAUCGUCGGUGGGAGUGGGCUUUUCCGGUUCGCACGUGGGUAUGCUCAAGCUAGGACUCAUACUUUCGAUAUGAGAACUAAGGAUGCUGUUGUGGACUACAAUGUUUAUGCCUUCCAUUAUUGAUGUUAAUUUGUUUCUUUGCUUUUUUAUUAGAAUCAUUAUAAUUAUUUAUUUGAAUUUGAGAAAAUUAAAUAGAUAAUUACGAGAGAUCACGAGAUUUAUCUGAUCCAAUAAAAAUUGAU